CGAGCGGUUAGCGCAUAAUCAGCGUUUGGCCGGUCCGUGCGUGGGGUACCGCACAAGUCCUCUGCGUAAAAGUGGACUAGUGUAGCGUACCGUGUUGAAUGGGGAAUGAAAAAGAAAAACGGCAAAACACUGUGAUAAUAGGAGUAUCAGCCACUGCUGUGCGCUGUGUCUGCAGCCGUGGAGGGUUUCCCCCCUCCCGCUGUAAUAUUUAUGACAAAACGGAGGCAAAUUAUUCUGGUCACGUUUUUGGCUGACAGCCGGCUGUCCUGGAGAGCGCUGGAGUGAAUCGGGGUCCAGUGCUGGUGAUAGCGCAGCGCACCGACACCUGCAGUAGGAUGUAAAGGGAAUUCCCACUCACCAAACUGAAUCACCUGCAGAUCUAACCAUUAUCCUCGUUUUGGUCUCAUUUGAGCCAGGGGAAAAGAAGACACAAAGCAUGGUCUGGUGUGGCGGCUGCUGUUGCUAUGUGUGACAGAGUGUGGUGGUGUCAAUGGAGACCGAAGGCUAUCGUGACCUCCUGGAGACCAGCGACGGUCAGGGGGUAAGCCUGGAUGGAGGGGGUGGAGUUGGGGUGGAGGAGGGCUGGAGCACUCCCUACCCCCUGGGCUUCCAGGUGUCUUUGACCACUGUGCUGAUGCUGGAGUUGGUGUUGGGAUUCAGCAGCAACCUGACCGUACUUGUGCUCUACUGUGCUCAAUCCAACCUGGUGGACUCAGUCAGUAACCUGGUCACAGUAAACCUCCAUGUGUUGGACAUACUGGUCUGUGUGCUGUGUCUACCUCUGACUGUGGCUGUUAUCCUAGUACCAGCUAAUGGCAGUGGAGUCAGCAGCCUGGCCACACUGUGCUGCUUUCAUGAGGCUUGUGUCACGUUCACCAGUGUGGCCACUGCAGUUAAUGUGCUGGUCAUCAGUUUGGAUCGAUAUGACAUCUCAGUGCGUCCGGCCAGUCGUCUUCUGACUCCACGGCGGGCAGGACUACUAUUGGCAGCAGUGUGGGCAGUGUCUCUGGCGGUCUUCUUUCUGCCAUUUCUUGAGGGUGACUUCUUCUCCUCAAGAGUGGAGGAUGGUGAGGAUGAGGAGCUGGAAAGGCAAAACAAUGACUCUGAGGUCACUACUGGUCACACCCCUGUUUACUCCUCCAUCUCUCCUUCCUCUAUACCCACUGUUCACCCAUCUUCCCAAUCCCACCACCUGCCUCCUGCCUGGCAGAACCGGACACUGUUGUGUGUAGGGGGACAAGGUUAUUACACAGGCAUGGCAAUGUAUUACCACUUGUUACUACAAGUGCCCUGCUUCUUCAUUGCUGUGGCUGUCAUGUUGUUCACCUACUCCAGGAUCCUGCAAGCCCUCAACAUUCGCAUUGGCACCCACAUGAUGAGGGGCACACGUACAAAGGAUUCUACCUGCAGGAUACGCUGCAGGAGGCAGAGGAGGAAGGAUCUCAGUUUGCCCACCGAAGGAGCAUCCUCCAACCAGAACCAGCACACCACCCAUCCUCCCCUCAUCCCUUCACCCACUCCAACACCAACAUCUCCUCCACCACUAUCCUCCAUGCCCCAGGGAAUGUCUGACAGUGGAGCAACUGUAACCACUGUUAGUACUGCUGCUACCACUCCCAUUGCCACCACGCCGGCUACUCCAGCUUCCCCAACCCCAGGUUCAGCCUCAACGCAGCCCCACGCCACCUCACCUCUGCCUGCCUCCUCCAUGGGUGUACAGGCCUCAGUUUCUGCAAUCAUCGCUUUAAGACGGGCAGUGCGUAGACAUAGAGAUCGCAGAGAACGCCAACGUCGAGUCCUAAAAAUGUCCCUCAUCAUCAUAUCCACCUUCCUGGGCUGCUGGGCCCCUCUGUCAGCAGUCAACGUUUUGAUCCUGUGUCUAGGUCCCAGUGAUGGCCUGGUGAGGCUCCGACUCUGCUUUUUGGCAAUGGCUUAUGGAACCACAAUCUUCCAUCCUCUGCUCUACGCUUUCACCAGACAAAAGCUGCGGCGUGCCCUCAAAACACGUGUCAAGAAAAGGGUUGUAUCUCUUCUGCAAGUGGACCCAGCCCCUAGUGGGGGGACAGUAAUUCAUAACUCUUGGGUAGAGGGUGGGGGCCAGAGGAAGACUCGCAAGCCACGGGUAGAGGCCAGUGAUGGCACUGAUCGAUGCCUCACAGAGGCCGUGAGGGAAUGAGGCUGGUCUGUAGGGCAUGUGUGAGUGUGUGUGUGAGAGAGAGAAAUGAAGUGUUUGCUUAUUUCAAUUUCCAAGACAAUAUAGAUGCAUGAAUAUACAUAGGGUAUAUUCACACAAAGGUGGGAGGAAAAUGAGAGCAGGUAGUUUACAAAGGUCAGGGUUAAUGCUAUGGCCUCUGGUUACAUGCAGAUUUAGAGACAGGUGAGUCCUAAGCUCUCAUUAGAGCAUUCCGUUGGCUCUCCUCACACUGGCCCUUAUUAGUUCACUUCCUCAUUGAUGAAGUGGCCACUGCAUCCCAAUGGCAACACUGGAUACACAUUACUAUGACAGCACCAUGACCACGGCUGCUGAAAAUUGUAGUGUGCACCCCAGUCAUAGGGGAAAGGUAAGAUAACAGCAAUUGCAUACAUUAUUGCUCCUGUGUGCACUUUUUAACUUGCAUGUGUAUGUACUAAUGCACAGAUAGACAGACACACACAACCCAAAUGCUCCACACACAUAUGAACAUACACUUAAUGCACACUGAUCUGCAUUUACGCAUUAUCUGUGAAAGCACACCAAUAUCUACCUGCACAGAUAUUCUCAGUGAGAAAAGAUUUGAUUUCCUUUUCUUUCCUUAAUUUUUUUCAUGCCUUAAUUGAGUUAUAGAUAUUCUUGUGGUGCUGAAUGUCCUGGUGUAUGUUUACAACAAUGUAUCAGAUUGAAGGAGUUUGCACAGUGGUUUAAAUGGUAGUUGGCAAGUGCACGCAUUCAGAUACAAUGUUUACAGACUCAUGUAAAACUACCAGGAAAGAGGUUCAGAUUUAAUUUCACACUAGCACUAUAUUUGUGCUUUUACAGAAUGUUUGCAAGUUGAAACCAAAAGGCAUGGUUAUUUUUGUUUGUUUUUGAAAAAAAAAUCCAUUAACAAUAACAGUCAUGAUGAUGGUGGAGAUGCGGGCAUUUGUGUGAUUGUAUUUGUAUGCUUGCACGUGUGCAUGUAUGCAUGUGUGGUUGUGUGUGUGGUUGUGUAAUGAACAAAUGAGUUUGUGUGUCUAUGAACAUGUGCAAUAAUUCAUGAGCAAAGCAAUGACCCCUAGGAUGUGAACAAAGAAAUGUUGGAUUUAUAUUUGUGGUUUAGAUUACAGAGAGAAGAGAGAAGACAGGGGACUUAAUCUUCUAAUUUAGCAGCAAGAAGCUGUUAGGCAUAAUAUAAAAGCAAAUUAUGUGGAGCAACUGUAACUAUGUGUAUAUGACAGGCCACUGUAAUACUUCUGAAAUUGUAUCACUUGAGUUUUAAAAUGGAAAUCAAAGGGCAAUUUUUUUGUGAAAACACCACUGGAGCCGUCUCUGUUGUCACUGCAGGUAAACUAACAUCUUAACCAGAAAAAUCUUAUCAUGGAAAAUAAUAACAGCUGCUGAUAAUGGACAUCCAUCCAUGUUAGCUGUUUGUUGCUCUGGAGGGCAGAGUCACUGCUUUUGGACUUCACUUUGAAGGAGUGCAGAGGCAGACAGAGCUCUGUCAGCUUCUCUACUGAGGCCUGGACAUGUUUCACUAUUAUCUGUGUCUCUCUUUCUCCUCAGGGCUUCAGGUGUCAUUUCAACACGUGCUGGAUAUAAAACAAUAAACCAGCUGUUGUAGUAUGGAUGUUACAGUAGGUUAAGAUUUAUGUCAUUAAGUAGGUUGAGUACUACACUUUAAACUUUGUACGGGCUCACAUCUUGAAGAGCUCCACGACCUUUGGGCUAUCUUCUCCUUCAUUCUCAAUCCUUUUACACUAUUUGUGAGCCAGACAGAAGACAAGAAAUCUUGUGUGUUCAUGUACAUUUUUCAGGGAUGUAAAUAUUGAAAUGUCUGCUUUGGGUUUUAGUCAGAAAACCUUUUUUGGGUCACAAUCAUCUGCCGGACAGAAAAUCAGCCAUUGUGAUGAACUCUAAGUGAGUUGAAAAGCUACUGUAAAGACAUGAUACAUGUAAUUGUAUUUGUGUUAAUACUAUAUGUGUGUACACUGUAAUGUACAUUUAUGAUCACGUGUAUAGAGAAAUCUUAGUAUUGUAUAAGAUUUAUAUUAUGUGUUAUUGUAUAGAACAGAACAGAAUCUGUAUUAUUAAAAAGGUGAUCUAUCUAAGAA